AUGGGCAAAGGUAAGCGUCGCACAGAACGGAAUUCGAUUGAUAUUCUGGAAAUAAAUGACACAAGCGUUGAAGACGCUCUUUCAAAUGAAAUCGCCGGCGAAGCAAAUGACAGAAAGAAAAAAAGAGAGGUUAAAAAUUAUGAUGCCAAGCACAUGUGUAUUGUUGGUUUGGAAAGAAUACUUUCUGUGGUGCAUGGUGAUGAUUUUGAAUCGCUCCCAUUGUCAACGUUAAAUAGCCAAUUAAAAUUGGUUAGUAUGUAUUAUCAACGAUUUUUUGAAGAGUCGACCAAAUCGCAAGUUUUGUCAGCAAAGGACAUCAUUGAACACCAAAAAUUGAUGGAUAAAGUAGAUGGUUUGCAUUCAUCGCUAAAUGGUUUGUUAGAAAAAAGAAUCAAUGAGUUGACAACCGCAGAUAUCUCGUACCAAUCGAAUAGCACAAUGCAUACAACUGCACCGCAUGUUCAAGAUCAGGGUGUCAAGGUCAAGAAGAUGGAAAUUGAAAAGUUUAGCGGCAAAGACAAUGAUUGGCCACAGUUCAAAGCACAAUUUGAGGAAUGUUUUCAUCGUCGAACGGAUAUGACCGACUCAACAAAGUUUUAUCAUUUGAUGGCUCAUCUGGCACCACAGUCAGAGGCUUACAAUACAGUUAACGGUAUGAAUUUGCAUUAUGAACAAGCUUGGGCAAAGUUGUGUGAUGCAUAUGACAAUGAGAGGAAAAUUGUGAACAGCAUUAUUUUAUCAUUUAUUGACAUGCCGUGUGUAGAGACACCAUCUAGGUCGGCGUUAAUUGCGCUGAUUAAUAAAACGAAUAAUUUGUUAUAUUCUUUGCCAAAAUAUAAUAUUCGUGUCGAACAUUGGGAUCCAAUUUUGGUACCGUUAUUAAUUCGAAAAAUGGAUGGUGAGUCAAUUCGUUUAUGGUCAUUAGAACGAGAUCAAAAAACUAUUGCAAAGGUACAACCAUUACUGGAAUUUAUUAGAAAACGAGCUGACAGUAUGGAUUCAGAUUUUGCAGUUAGAAUUGAAAAAACCAGUCAUUUUUAUUCGUCAUUUCAAGGUCAUUCAAGUCAAAGUGGACCUGUUUCAAGUCGAGGACAUUUUAGAGGUCCAGAAUCUGCAUCGAAUGCGCCGGCGAUAACAGCUAUGCCGGCAACUUCACAACAGUCGAAUUAUAAGCAUGAUCCAAGUAAGAUUAAGAAGAAGCGUGCAUGUUUUCAUUGUAACGGUUUGCAUAAGCUAUAUGAUUGCCGGUCUUUUGAAAGAAUGUCGAUUGAUCUGAGAGAGCAGCGUUUACAAAGCUUGAAUAUUUGUGUGAAAUGUUUGCGAAGAGGUCAUUCAAAGGACACCUGUAGUAUUUCGGAUUGUAGAAUUUGUGGGCAACCUCAUAAUAAGUUAUUAUGCCCUCAGCAACAAAAACCAGCAACGGUGUUAACCUUGGUACAAUCAUCGCCGGCUAAUACGGAUAUUGAUGCAUCAUUAAUUGCGACGUUGAGAGUGUUAGCGUCAGAUAAAUUUGGCAAAGAAGUUAAGGUCAGAGCGAUGGCUGAUGGUGGAUCACACAUGUGUAUGAUUUCACGGCGUUUACAGCAGCUAUUAGAUCUUGAGCAAAGAAAAUUGUCUGUGCCAAUGGAGGGUGCCGGCCGAUGUGGUAUUGACUCAAAAACUUUUGUUGAUUUGAAAAUUUCACCAGCGGACGGCGGUUCGAGUACUGGUGAAUGGAUUAGAGCUGGUGUUAUGAGUGUGGUUUCGGGUAAAUUACCACCAACUCAGUUCGAUAUUUCAGACUGGAAUCAUUUGGAUGGCUUGCCAUUAGCAGAUGAGACAUUUAAUAUGCCCGAUGAUAUUGAUAUUUUGUUAAGCGUAGAAUUUAUGGCACGCAUUCAAGGUAACAAAAUUAUAAGAGAUCAUAACAAUUCGAAUCGUCCAGUGGUGAGCUGCACUACAUUUGGCUGGAUUGUUUAUGGAGCAUUACCAUCAAGUCAAAAGUUUGCUUCUUUGUCGCAUCUUGCAAUCGCUGAUUGUCAACGCAUCGCCGACAAUUUGGAAAGAUUGUGGAGGGUUGAUGCUGUGAAAGAAAAAUCGCUUCUCACGUCCGAGGAAGCGCGUUGUGAACAAAUUUUCAGCGAAACUAUAAAGCGAGCUGAAGACGGUCGGUAUUCAGUUGCGAUGCCAAUUAUGGACAAUCCACCUAAAUUGGGCAAUUCUUUGCGUGCAGCCAUAGCACGUCAAUUACAAAAUGAGAGACGAUUUCGCAAAGAUCCAAGGUUAAAAGAGAAUUACAUCAAAGAUAUUCGACAAUUCAUUGAUUUGGACCAUAUGGAGUUGGUUCCGCUGAAUGAGAUAUAUAAAGAGGAUGUCUAUUACAUACCGCAUCAUGCUGCAAAUUCAAGUAAAUUUCGAGUUGUUUUUGACGGUUCUGUUAAGACUACAACGGGUGUAUCUCUCAAUGAUAUUUUAUUAAAUGGACCUCGUUGUCAAGAUGAUUUGAAUAUAAUUAUUAUGCGAUUUCGUAAAUAUGGUGUUGCAUUAACUACGGACAUUACCAAGAUGUAUCGUCAAGUCUUAGUGCCAGAAAAUCAACGUGAUUAUUUGCGAAUUGUUUGGCGCGAAAAUGAGAAUGAACCGCUGCGGCAUUAUCGUAUGAAAAGGCAAACAUAUGGUUUAAAAUCAAGUGCAUAUUGUUGUGUCGCCACUUUGAGGUAUUGUGCUUUGGAGCAUCGGCAUAAGUAUCCAUUAGCGUCAAAAGCAGUGUUGAAUUCGUUCUACGUCGAUGAUGGUACUUUGUGCGCAGAUACUGAUUUGGAUGCGGAGAAAUUGUACCAAGAAUUGAAUGAGAUGUUAAUGAGUUGUGGUUUUCCUUUGGCAAAAUGGGCCACAAAUAGUGCACACAUGAGGUCGGUACUUGGUGUUACCGCCGGCGCAGUAAGUUCAGUAAAUUUUGAUCUUUGUGAUGAAAGUUCAAUUCUUGGUUUGAAAUGGUCAAUUGCGGAAGAUGCAUUCCGUUAUCAUUACACUAAUUUAUCAGAUCUACCACCUACAAAACGAAAUAUAGUGUCCGCGGUUGCGAAGUUAUAUGAUCCUAUUGGGUGGUUGGCACCGAUUGUAAUUUUGGGUAAGAUUCUGAUACAGGAUGUGUGGAAAAGCAAAGUUGAAUGGGACACCAUAGUACCAUUGGAACUUCAGAAUCGUUGGACUGAUUUAAAAAGUACGAUGAUUGAUGUUAAUAAAAUUGCUGUGCCAAGAUGGCUUGGAAUUUCACCAAAGAAAUCCAUUGAAAUUCAUGGUUUCUCAGACGCGUCGAACAGUGCAUAUGGAAUGACUUUUUACGCCAGAGUAGAAAGUGGAUUUGCAAUUGAAUGUAAUCUGAUAACAUCGAAAACUCGAGUUGCACCACUAAAGGGUAUGACUAUACCACGUAUGGAGUUGUGUGGAGCGUUGAUGAUGGCGCAAAUGUGUCAACAAAUCUGUAGUGUUCAUGAUGUGUCAAUGAGUAAAUUGACUCUUUGGACAGAUUCAAGCAUAGUCAUACAUUGGUUGUCAAAGUGUCCAUCUGGCUUAAAGGCAUUUGUUGGUAAUCGUGUUGCCGAAGCCCAAGAAUGUACAAAGGGAGCGCAAUGGAAGCAUGUGCGUACAAAUGACAACCCUGCUGAUUUGGCUUCACGAGGCUUAUUUGCAAGUGAAUUAGUUGGAAAUUCGCUUUGGUUCCAUGGACCACACUGGCUGUCGAAACCAUAUUCAGAUUGGCCAGUUAGCAGUUUUACCGUUGAUCAACGUGUCAAAGAGGCUACAGUAGCUGAGUCAAGAGCAAUUCAGGCAUGUGCUAUUAUUCGAGUUGAAACUGUGCCGCGAAUUGAAGUUACAGUGAAUGAUGUAACAACAGAAUUGUUGUUGGAUCGUUGUAGUUCGAUGAUGAGGUUGGUUCGUGUUACUGCUAGAGUUUUGGCUUUCAUAAGAAUGAUAAAAACCAAAGAGAAAGUCUGUUCAACUUUCAUUGCCCAUGCCGAUUACUUGGAGGCUCAAGCGAUUUGGAUUAAAUACCAUCAACAAAAAUAUUUCGCCGGAGAUAUUGAGCUACUCAAAAAUGGUAAAAGUUUAUCGCGUGAUUCAAUAAUAGUGAAAAUGUCACCAUUCGUUGAUGGUGAUG